AUGGAGGGUUUGAAGCAGAUUCUGGUUGGCGUGUUCAUCAAUGUGCCGGGUAGGUAUGACGGGGUCCUCUUCCAGGACAGCAUGAUUGCGGAUAAGAAGCGAGAGUGCAUCCGCUUGGUGAAAAUUUUCUGUGCUGAUAGCGAGCGUUCCUCCUACAUGACUGGAAGGAUGUAUCGGUUAAACACUUCGGAAAAUCUGUAUUAUUCCCCGGAAUGGAAUCAUACGGGCUCCAGGAAUAUCCAAAUUGAAGCCAGCAGUCCCACUAGAAAAGAUCGUAUUUCGUAA